AUGUCCAACGAGCCACCCCCUCCUUAUCCUGGAGGCCCCACGGCCCCCUUCUGAGGGGAGAAGAGUGGAGCCCCACCUCACCCAGGCCGCACCUCCCCAGCUGUGAUGCAGCCCCCACUAGGCAUGUCGAUGCCCUCUGCAGACAUCGUGGUCCCCCCACCCUAUGAGCCACCAGGUCACGCGAUGCCUCAGCCCGGCUUCAUCCCCUCAUGAAAUGCAGACGGCACGUACAUGCCUCCAGGUUUCUACCCUCCUCCAGGCCCCCACCCACCCAUGGGCUACUAUCCACCAGGGCCCUAUCCGCCAGGGCCCUAUCCUGGCCCUGGGGGCCACACUGCCACAGUCCUAGUUCCUUCAGGGGCCGCCACCACGGUGACGGUGCUGCAGGGAGAGAUCUUUGAAGGUGCGCCUGUACAGACGGUAUGUCCCCACUGCCAGCAGGCCAUCACCACCAAGAUCUCCUAUGAGAUUGGCCUGAUGAACUUUGUGCUGGGCUUCUUCUGCUGCUUCAUGGGGUGUGAUCUGGGCUGCUGCUUGAUCCCUUGCCUCAUCAACGAUUUCAAGGACGUGACGCACACGUGCCCCAGCUGCAAAGCCUACAUCUACACGUACAAGCGCCUGUGCUAA